UGACUUUUGUUUAGUUCCACAUUAUUAAGGUUAUUAUUUUCGUAAUUUUAAAAUAGUCGAAUUCCGAAACGUUCCUGAUGUGAAAAGACUAACGUUAGUUCACGGACCGUAAACCUACCAUUAACAGCAGCAAAUGUAAGACGGAAGUUGGGAUCAGCUGAUAGGGGAUACUCCGCUGAAGCUUACGAGUGCUAGAGGGCCAUCUUCCCUACCGGAGAGAAAGAGAGUGAAGGGGGGACUGAGGACACAAUUUGGGGAUCCCGGCUUCUUUCGGUGGCACAAAGACAGUGCUGAAAACCGGCACGGACACUGGUGUACAUCUGAAGAACAGACCGUGCCUUUUAUUCAUGUCAAGACAAGGAUUUGACGGGAACUUGGGGAAGAUCGAGCGAACGAAAGACAAGCUUUUAAAAAUACAAAGGAAGAGAAAUACGAGAGGGGUUCACAGUCCUUAGUUUGCAAAGUCGUACUCAGUGGAUGUAAUGGAAUUAAUGUUCGCGGAGUGGGAAGACGGAGAGCGGUUCUCCUUCGAAGACUCCGACCGGUUUGAAGAGGACUCGCUAUGCUCCUUCAUAUCCGAGGCAGAAAGUCUCUGUCAGAACUGGAGAGGGUGGAGAAAACAGUCCGCUGGGCCCAAUUCUCCCACAGUAAAGAUCAAAGAUGGUCAGGUAAUCCCCCUGGUGGAGCUGUCUGCCAAGCAGGUGGCGUUCCACAUCCCGUUUGAGGUGGUGGAGAAGGUGUACCCACCUGUGCCCGAGCAGCUGCAGCUCCGCAUCGCCUACUGGAGCUUUCCGGAAAACGAGGAAGACAUCAGGCUGUACUCCUGUCUGGCCAAUGGGAGUCCGGAUGAAUUUCAACGAGGGGAACAGCUCUACAGGAUAAAGGCUGUGAGAGACCCCCUGCAGAUUGGCUUCCACCUCAGCGCCACCGUGGUGUCCCAGCAGGCUGGCCAGUCCAAGGGCGCCUACAACGUGGCCGUCAUGUUCGACCGCUGCCGCAUCACGUCCUGCAGCUGCACCUGCGGCGCCGGGGCCAAGUGGUGUGCCCACGUGGUGGCACUCUGCCUCUUCCGCAUCCACAACGCGUCUGCUGUGUGUCUGCGCGCGCCGGUGUCCGAGUCGCUGUCCAGGCUGCAGAGGGACCAGCUGCAGAAGUUCGCCCAGUACCUCAUCAGUGAGCUUCCGCAACAGAUAUUGCCCACAGCACAGAGGCUUCUGGAUGAACUGUUGUCUUCACAGUCCACCGCCAUCAACACAGUGUGUGGAGCCCCAGAUCCCACGGCCGGACCCUCGGCCUCAGACCAGAGCACCUGGUACCUGGACGAGUCCACACUCAGCGACAACAUCAAAAAGACGCUGCACAAGUUCUGCGGUCCCUCACCAGUAGUAUUUAGUGAUGUGAACUCCAUGUACCUGUCCUCCACGGAGCCCCCGGCUGCAGCAGAGUGGGCGUGUCUCCUGAGGCCCCUGAGGGGCCGGGAGCCCGAGGGCAUCUGGAACCUUCUGUCCAUCGUCAGGGAGAUGUUCAAGAGGAGGGACAGCAACGCCGCGCCGCUCCUGGAGAUACUCACAGAGCAGUGUCUUACUUAUGAACAGAUCAUCGGCUGGUGGUACAGCGUGCGUACCUCGGCCUCCCACAGCAGCGCCAGCGGGCACACGGGCCGCAGCAACGGGCAGACGGAGGUGGCGGCGCACGCCUGUGCCAGCAUGUGUGACGAGAUGGUGGUGCUGUGGAGGCUGGCCGUGCUGGACCCCACCAUGAGCCCCCAGAGGCGUUUGGAACUGGCUGCCCAGCUCAAGCAGUGGCACCUGAAGGUGAUUGAGAUCGUCAAGCGUGGCCAGCACCGCAAGUCCCUGGACAAGCUCUUCCAGGGGUUCAAGCCGGCCGUGGAGUCCUGCUACUUCAACUGGGAGGUGGCCUACCCGCUGCCCGGCAUCACCUACUCCAGCACUGACAAGAAGAGCGCCUCCUUCUGUUGGGCUCGGGCGGUGCAGCUGCAGCGCGGGGCCAAAGCCGGCCUGAGCGGGGAUCAGCUGGAGCCUGGGGGAGGAGGAGGAGGAGGAGGAGGAGGAGGAAGGGCGGGGGUGUGCGACGGAGGAUCAUCUGAGCACAAACCUCGCAGCGGCAGCAGCAACAGCCACCAGCCCCAACAGGAAGUGGCUGUCCGCCCCAAGGAGACCAUCGUGAGCAAGAGGAAGGGUCUGUCGGCGGGGGGCGGGCCCGGGGUGCUGAUGCGUCUGGGAGGAGGCGUGGCUCUCGCGCUGGAGGGCGAGGGGAAGGGCUUGUACAAGACGGGCGGCUCCUCCUCUUCCUCCUCGGGGAGCAAAGCCAAGCUGGCGCAGGGAGGCAAGGCGUCCUGCGGCGGGGGAUCAGGAGGAGGAGGAGGAGGGGGUGGCGGCGGAGGCGGUGGGGGGGGGAGCGGGGGCAAGCACCCCAGUGCCAAGCGGCGCACCAGCAGCGAGGACAGCUCCCUGGAGCCCGACAUGGCCGAGCUCAGCCUGGACGACGGCUCCAGCCUGGCGCUGGGCGCCGAAGCCAGCAACACCAACAGCUUCGACUUCCUGCCGCCGCCCCCCGAGAUGCUGCCCGCGCCCAGCCCGCUGCUCAGAGAGCCGCGCAAGUACGGCAGCGGUGGCAGCGCCGGCACGGCCAAGGAGCGGGUCUUCGAGGGCAAGCGUGUUGCCCACUCUUCCGUGCCUCCGCCGGCCGAGGUGCCCGCCUUCCCUAAGGAGGUUGCCCUGCCUGGAGCUGCCGUCACCGCCGCCGCCACCGGGUCCGCCGCGCCGACUGCCGAUAAAGGGGUUGAGGUGGAGGCCGAGCUGGAGGAGAACGGAGCCGAGGAGGACCUGGUGGACGACGCCCCACCCUCCGCCACCGUCGCCGCGGACCCUAGUCUUCCUGCCCCGGUCAUGGGCAAGCCGCCGCGAGGGGCCCGCAAAGAAGGAGAGGCAGCUGGGGCCUCGGCGGGGCCCUCAGCCGCGGCCCCCGAAGCAGCAGCAGCAGCAGCAGGAGGAGGAGCAGCAGGAGGAGGAGGAGGAGGAGCAGGAGGAGGAGGAGCAGGAGGAGGAGGAGUAGCUGCUGCUGCUCCUGCUGCUGCUGCUGCUGGAGGAGACCCAGUCGGGGAGGACGACUAUCAGGCCUACUACCUGAGUGCUGCCUCAGAGGAGGGGGCUGACAGAGGCAUCCCCGACAACAACCACGAGGAGGAGCCGGACAUCUUCGCCGGCAUCAAACCGCUGGAGCAGGAGGGCCGCAUGGAGGUGCUGUUUGCGUGUGCAGAGGCCCUUUACGCCCAUGGCUACAGCAAUGAUGCGUGCCGAUUGGCUGUGGAGCUGGCCAGGGACUUGCUGGCCAAUCCUCCUGACCUGAAGGUGGAGCAACCACAAACAAAGGGGAAGAAGAGCAAGGUGUCGACCAGCCGCCAGACCCAGGUGGCCACCAACACGCUGUCCAAGGCGGCCUUCCUGCUGACGGUGCUGAGCGAGCGUCUGGAGCUGCACAACCUGGCCUUCAACAUGGGCAUGUUCUCCCUGGAGCUGCAGCGGCCCCCGGCCUCCACCAAGGCCCUCGAGGUGAAGCUCGCGUAUCAGGAGUCCGAGGUCGUGGCUCUGCUGAAGAAGAUCCCGCUGGGCGUGGUGGAGAUGGGUCUGAUCCGAGACCGGGGCGAGCAGCUCCGCGACGGAAACUUCUGUGACUACCGGCCCGUCCUGCCCCUCAUGCUGGCCAGCUUCAUCUUUGAUGUGCUCUGCACCCCAGCGGUGUCUCCCACGGGCUCGCGCCCACCCAGCCGAAACCGCAACACGGAGAUGCCCGGAGACGAGGAGCUGGGCUUUGAGGCUGCCGUCGCCGCGCUCGGUAAGAGGGGCAUGAAGACCACGGUGAGUGAGGCUGAGCACCCUCUGCUGUGUGAAGGCACCAGGCGGGAGAAGGGAGACCUGGCGCUGGCGCUCAUGAUCACCUACAAGGACGAACAGAGCAAGCUGAAAAAGAUUCUGGACAAGCUGCUGGACCGUGAGAGCCAGACCCACAAGCCCCAGACCCUCAGCUCCUUCUACUCCAGCAAGCCGGCGGCCGGGAGCCAGAAGAGCCCAUCCAAGCACUCUGCCUCCCACGCCCACACCCACGCCCACACCCACGCCCACGCCUCACACUCUGCCCACUCCGCCUCCGCCGGCGCCGCGGGAGGCGUCUCCAAGCACGGCACCACCGCUCCCGCGGCGCCCGCCGGCGGCUCCAACUCGUCCUCCUCCGCCCAGGGCGUGGCGGGCGGGUGUGCGCCCGGACAGCAGGGGUCUCUUGGAGGCAACGGGGCGGUGCAGAACGCGGCAGCGACCACAGCAGCAGGAGAAGCCGUCACUGGAGAGAGCAGAGAGCAAGACGGAGCCCAGCCUUCCUCGUGUGAGCAGCCUAACGAGACGGCGCCCUUGAGGCCGGAGGGCACGGUGCCUAGCCGCCUGGCGCUGGGCGGGCGCGGGGCGUACAGCGGGCGCUGCUGGGGCUCCCCCGUGCGGCAGAAGAAGAAGCACACAGGCAUGGCGAGCAUCGACAGCAGUGCCCCAGAGACCACCUCCGACAGCUCCCCGACGCUCAGCCGACGCCCGCUACGCGGGGGCUGGGCAGCCGCCUCCUGGGGCCGGGGCCAGGACAGCGACAGCAUCAGCAGCUCCUCUUCUGAUUCGCUGGGCUCGUCCUCCUCCAGCGGCUCGCGCCGGGCAGGGGGAGGGGCCAGAGCCAAGAGCACCGACACCAGCAGGUACAAAGGGCGUCGCCCCGAGUGCCACGCCCCGCACGUGCCCAACCAGCCCUCGGAGGCCGCGGCCCACUUCUACUUCGAGCUGGCCAAGACGGUGCUGAUCAAGGCGGGCGGGAACAGCUCCACGUCCAUCUUCACACAGCCCUCGGCCAGCGGCGGCCACCAGGGCCCCCACCGCAACCUGCACCUCUGUGCCUUCGAGAUCGGCCUGUACGCGCUCGGCCUGCACAACUUCGUCUCGCCCAACUGGCUGUCCAGAACCUACUCCUCCCAUGUGUCCUGGAUCACAGGUCAAGCCAUGGAGAUCGGCAGUGCGGCCCUCAACAUUCUGGUGGAGUGUUGGGACGGGCACCUCACCCCUCCCGAGGUGGCGUCGCUGGCAGAUCGAGCGUCGCGGGCCCGGGACCCCAACAUGGUGCGCGCGGCGGCUGAGCUGGCUCUGAGCUGCCUGCCCCAUGCUCACGCACUCAACCCCAACGAGAUCCAGAGAGCCCUGGUGCAGUGCAAAGAGCAGGACAACCUGAUGCUGGAGAAGGCCUGCAUGGCGGUGGAGGAGGCGGCCAAAGGUGGGGGCGUGUACCCUGAGGUGCUGUUCGAGGUGGCGCACCAGUGGUACUGGCUGUACGAGCAGACGGUCGGGGGCGGCUCCGGGUCCCAGAGGGAGGUUCCGACCCGCUGCGGGGCCAACGGCGGCUCCACCCGGAGGCAGCAGGACACGGGCUGCGUCAUGAUGGACGGGGGCGGCUCCAUGGAGCAGCAGGGCGUCACCGCGGUGACUGCCUCCGUCACCGCGGCGACCGUGGUGCCCGUCAUCUCGGUGGGCUCCACCAUCUACCAGUCGCACGCGCUGCCGCCGGGCGCCAUGGCCCACACGCAGGGCCUGCACCCGUACACCACCAUCCAGGCCCACCUGCCCACCGUCUGCACCUCGCAGUACCUGGGCCACCCUCUGCAGCACGUGCCGCGCCCCGCUGUCUUCCCCGUGGCUGGAGCCGCAUAUCCACAGGGGAUGCACCCAGCCUUCAUUGGUGCCCAGUACCCGUUCUCCGUGGCCACUGGCCCCCCGAUGGCUGCCACCGCGGUCACCUUCCCCGGGGUCUCUGUGCCGUCCAUGACCCAGAUCACCGUCCACCCGUACCACACCGAGACGGGGCUGCCGCUCGGCACCACCGUGGCAGGUGUGUGCGGGGUACACGCAGGCUCCACCAUCCAGGCUAUUCAGGGAGCCGCUAUGCAGGGUCUGGCCCCCCAGCCCACCUCAUUGGUCAGUGCACCCUUCCCCAUGGAAGACGAACAGCAUAGCCAGCCAAUCAGCCCGCAGGGUCUGCACUACUUGCACUCCGCCUACAGAGUUGGUAUGCUGGCCCUCGAGAUGCUGGGGAGGAGGGCCCACAACGACCACCCCAACAACUUCUCACGCAGCCCCCCCUACACCGAGGACGUCAAGUGGCUCCUGGGCCUGGCAGCCCGUCUGGGUGUGAACUACGUGUAUCAGUUCUGCGUUGGAGCAGCCAAAGGCGUGCUCAGCCCGUUCGUGCUGCAGGAGAUCAUCAUGGAGGCUCUGCAGCGGCUCAACCCAGCGCACAUUCAUGCCCACCUACGGAUGCCCGCCUUUCAUCAGCUCGUGCAGCGCUGCCAGCAGGCCUACCUACAGUACAUCCACCACCGGCUGAUCCAUCUGACGCCGGCGGACUACGACGACUUUGUGAACAUCAUCAGGAGCGCGCGCGGGGCUUUCUGCCUGACGCCGGUGGGCAUGAUGCAGUUCACCGACGUGCUGCAGAACCUGAAGCGCGGCAAGCAGACCAAGGAGCUGUGGCAGCGCAUCUCCCUGGAGAUGGCCACCUUCUCCCCCUGACCUCCCCCGGAGACGCUGUCACCACCGCCACCAUCGUCACCACCGCCGUGACACCGGGACACAGAGACACGUCUGCUCGCCGCUCCCACGGGCCCCUUAUCCCACCCUGACCCGACCUGGACAAACCCCCCCCCCCCCG